AUGGAUCGUGAAUGGAGGAGAAAAUGGACACUCAGGCCCGAGCUGAGAGCGUUCCUUGAAGAGGAAUCUGUCCCUGCAUCCAGCUUCAGUACAAAUCUGAGUCAUUCACAGUUGAGUGCUGAACAAAUCGAGAAAGAGAGGAUCGUUAUCUCAUCGGAUGACGAAAAUUCUAAGCCCUGCAAGAAGAAGUGUACCAAGGCCAGCGCAAAGAGUAUCAAGACCAGCGUGAAUAAUGCCAAGGCCAACACGAAGAAUCUUUCCCCCAGCAAGGAGAAGGAAGUAUCCAACGAGAAGGUUACCAAGGCUGCGGACAACAAGCUCUCCAGUGAUGAUGGGGAAGAAUGGGAGGAGUUGAAUUGA